AUGUCGCAGAUUGGGCGCAGCUACGGUGCCUCGAAUGUUGAUGAGAUGAAGGCCAUCUAUGACGACUGGGCCACAUCGUACGAUAAGGAGCUCGCCGAGGCCGAGCAUGAUUACGUGGCGCCCGCUGUUGCGACCUCGCAUGUGUUGAAGAGCUUGAAUGUCAAGCGACUGGGUGAUCACGUUGAGAUUCUUGACGCUGGCUGCGGCACAGGUCUCGUUGGCGUGGAGCUUGCCAAGGUGGGCGCCAAGCACAUCGAUGGUGUCGACCUGAGUCCCGGUAUGCUUAAGGUAGCCCAGAAGCUCAGAGUAUAUCGUGCACUGGAGGCAGUCGACCUGUCACAACCUCUGGCACGAGCCAAUGCAUCGUACGACGUGGUCGUGUGCGUAGGAACAAUGACAGAGGGUCACGUCGGCCCUGCUGCCAUUGAUGAAUUUGUGAGGGUACUUAAGAAGGGUGGUUAUCUUGUCGCUACCAUUCUCUUCUCGAUUUGGGAGAAUGGCGGUUAUGAGAGACGUGUCAAGGAAUUGGUCACCGCCGGCAAGGUAGCCUUUGUGAGCGCUAAUCUCGAGGACUACCGAAGGGGCGCGGGCGUGCAGGCUCGUAUGCUUGUUCUCCAGGCUCUAUAG